AGGAAAGGAAAGGAAAAGGGGACAGGGACGAGAGGCGGGACGACAGGCGAGCAGGAGGCGGAGAUGGAUGGAAGAAAAAGGAAAUAGAAGUGAGAAAGUUUGAAAAGCCGCAGGAAAAGAAGAUUGAUACUGCAAAAAAUAAAAGUGGCGUUGAAGGGAAGAAAGAAUCAAAUCAAACCUGGUAAGCGGAAAUAUUGUUCUUCAUCUUCUAAAUAACCAAGAUGUUAAUGCAAGAAAUUUAAUUUAAUAUGGAUGUAAAAAUGGCUUGUUCUUUUCUUCAUGUCUCCUGGGUUGAUGCUAAAAUUAAUUAUCUUUACUUUGGAUACUCAUUCCCCUUUGUUUAUUAAUUCAUAUCUUGAUAUUGACUUAAAAAUAGAUUUGAAGAAAUUUGAGUUUGUCCUCCAGCACCAUUUUUUUAUCAAGGGUAAUUUGUUGGACCAAUCAAGGGUAAUUUGUUGGACCAAUCAAGGGUAAUUUGUUGGACCAAUCAAGGGUAAUUUGUUGGACCAAUCAAGGGUAAUUUGUUGGACCAAUCAAGGGUAAUUUGUUGGACCAAUCAAGGGUAAUUUGUUGGACCAAUCAAGGGAAAUUUCAUUGGACCAUGCUGUGUUUUUUCUCCCACAUUUUUCAUCCAUGGUCCAGAUUUUGAAAACAUACAAUUUUUUUUCUUUUAAUUAUCUUUUAUUACACAGGAGUGUUCAAUGGAGAACUUAAUCUUCACAGCUGUUGCUUCAAUAAAUUCAAUAUAUAAAUUUACUUACAUGACAUUUUCAAAUAAAUAUACGGUAUUUAACUUAUAACAUGGGUUUACCAGAGGACAUUGUAAUUAUACAAUUAUUCAUUCUUUCCCCUUGUAAUAACAAAUGUAAAUACUUUGUGAACUUUGUGCCUAUAUUACCAUUCAGUGGCAAAGAGGUCCAGGGUCAAGAUACCGCUAAGGAAGACAGAAUAAAGGUAACAGUUCUUGUCUAAUGUUUACUCAAAAAUCUUCUAUCUAUGGUGUUUUUCUUAAAUAAACAUUGUCAUUAUUGGAUGGAGAUUGGAUUGCUUACUUUUAAAUAAAGUUGAAUCAAAUAUUUGGCUAUAAUAUUAAAAUAUUUCAGCCAGCUAUCCUAUUAUUUCAUGAUAAUUUCUUUUUUUUUUAAAUCCAUACAAUCUUAUUUUCUAUUUUGAACUAAAUUGUUAAGAAAAUUUUAAAGUUUAAAAAAAAAUAUUGGAGUAUUUUUCCAUUUUGAAAUGGAAGAAUGCACCAAUAUUUUAAACACAAAAUAAUCAAUAUUGGAACAUUUUUUCCAAAAUUUAAAAAAAUGUUAUUUAAUAUAGCAUUUAAUAUGCCGGUUACCUUGUAUUGAAAUGAAAGCUGUUUUUUUUUUUUUUUUUUUUUUUUUUUUAAUAAAUUUUUUUUUUUUUUUUUUUUUUUCUUUUUGUUUUUUUUUUUUUUUCCUUGAUAUUUUUUUUAUUUUUUUUUUUUUUUUUUUUUUUUUUUCAAUAAAUGUUUUUUUUUUCUUCUGCUUUCCAUGUUGUAUUUACAUUUUUUCCCAUGACAUUUUUUUGGUCAGAUAUACUGUGUAGCAGAUGUGUAGCUUCUUAUAUUGAUGUUUUAAAUCACAUUUUUGUUGAUCUGUGUAUUGAAAUUUAACAAUUCUCAAAUCAAAUGGGGCCCUUGUUUACUUCCCUUUGUAUGACAUCUUUAAUGGAUAAGGCAGAUAACUUUUAAAACUAUUUAUCCUCUUUUUUUUCUUAAUAUAAUUAUUUUCUUUAAAACACAAAAUGUUUAACAGGAAUUGGUUCAUGAAAUUCUCAAAACAAUUUUUUUGUGUAAUUUUUUCUCUCAUAAAUUUUUUUACUAGGCCUUUUAUUAAUCUGGUGUUUCUUGCUCUAGAUGUACUUUACAGGCUGUCUUGUUCUGUCAUACCAUUUUAAGGAAGGCACCCACUGACUUGCACACCACUGCUAUAUUAUUCUCUAUGACUCCUCCCGUCCCUCAAGCAAGAUUUUAAUCUUAACUUAGUCUGAUACAUAGUUGGUUUUUUUUGUUGCUUUAUCACCAUGUGGCAUCAGUGAACUUAAUUGUUUCAUGUGAUUAAAGAUUUUAUGCUAUUUAUUAUUUACAUCUAAGAAAUUUGCAUUUCCUAAUUUUCUCUUCUCCUUACCCAUAAUUUUUAGUUUGGUAAGUUUAUUUCCUGAUUACUUGCCAGUUUUUCCAUUACCCAACCUUCCUACAUCCCUGAGGAUAUCUUUAAAGACUGGCCCCUUAGUGUCCUACAUGUUGCCCCUUAGUGUCCUAUAUGUUGCCCCAUGGUUUUGUACAUUUUGCCCCCAAGGAGUCAUACAUGUUACCCCAUUGUGGGCUUUGUGUCAUGGUUGUGCACCUUCUGUUUGUAUAAGGAGGAAGAAAAAUCUGGCCAAACAGAGUCAUCAGACGGCAAAGCUGGCUGUGUCAAAAGUCAGACAGACAGCCACUCCCGGAGAUCAACCCCAGAUCCAAAGGAAGAGUAUGAUGGUAGGGGAGACAACACUGAUCCCGAUGAUAAGAAAAGGAAGAGGAAGGUAAAGAAAUAGGCCUGCUACCCUCUCCUACUUUGAAUCCCACAUGCAUGCUUAUAUUGAGGCUAUGUGGUAGCUGUAGUCACUUUAGUUCAAUUUAUCAUGUGUGUAUGAGAAUGAACCACUGAAUGUUCUAUAUUCUUGUUUUCACCAAUUCAAUCACAAAAAUCAAUCGAUAAGAUGUAAGACCCUCUCAACUGUGAUAUUUUAAGAAACAAAAAUAUUUCAUGUCAAGUUUUAUGAACAUCUUAUGUUAUGACAGAAUUGGGCUAUGGGUUUUUUCCCCAGGAUUUCACAGAGAUGUUAAAAAAAUGGAAAAUGUUUGAAUUAACUUGUUGGAGAAGAAAUAUUACUUUGUUUUUAGAUUAUGGGUACAUAGAAAAAUAAUUGCAUUCUCUUGGCUGCACACUACUGUACCACCACUGAAGGUCUGUCUAUGAUCUAUGUGUGGAGAUAUAUUAAUUAAAACCUUUUUUUUUUUUAGUCUAUCAAACUGCAAGCCUCACGUUUCUUGAGCUUUGUGUCUUUUUUUUCAAACAGUCCAACCUUGUUAAGCAAUGAAACACUGGAAAUAUGGGCAGUGACCUGAAUAAGAUGAUAACAUUCUUAUGCAUUUUUUGUUAUAACAUGUAGUUUCAUUAUUCCUUGUAUACAACAUGGGUAAUUAGUUAUCUAAGUCUUCAAAUCAGAAUCUGAGAUAGUUGUUAUCAGCAGAGUGAAGGGAUAUUUAAUUAUAUCUUUUAUGUGUUUGAAAUUUAUCACCACAGAGGAGUGUUUUCUAAGUGGUAUUCUGGAGUGUGUAUUCUGGAGUGUGUAUACUCUCUUAAAAUUACCAGACACUGCGCUAGUACUGCACAUGGUAUAAAGUGUACCGCUAUUCCUGCACAUGUUAUAAAGUGUGCCGCUAGUACUGCAUAUCGUAUAAAGUGUACCGCUAUUACUGCACUUGGUAUAAAGUGUGCCGCUAGCACUGCACAUGGUAUAAAGUGUGCCGCUAGCACUGCACAUGGUAUAAAGUGUGCCGCUAGUACUGCACAUGGUAUAAAGUGUGCCGCUAGCACUGCACAUGGUAUAAAGUGUACCGCUAGCACUGCACAUGGUAUAAAGUGUGCCGCUAGUACUGCACGUGAUAUAUAGUGACCUGUACAAUGUGGAGCUCUGCUAUAUAGAUGUUAUGGCCUUUGACUUAUUCUUAACCCCUCCAUGCAGAGAAUGCUGCCUUACCUUAUCAGAAAAGUAUCCAGUGAACAUAAAAACUGGGAAGCAUUUGCAUCAAUUCAGUGAACAUAAAAAUUGUGAGGUGUUUGCAUCAAUUCAGUGAACACAAUAGCUAGGAGGCAUGUUUAACUAACAAAAAAAUUGUCAUGGUUCAGAAGAGACUGAUUUUUGUAACACUAACUCCAGAUGUAUGCUGUAACAUAAUGCAUGCCACACUUUACUUUACUGACACAUGACCUUUUAAAAAUUGUGGCUUAACAAGACAAUGGAGGCUAAGAGAUAUAAAACUCUUUACAUUGACAUCCUGUUUAAAUUAUUAAAAAUUAUUUACAAAUUUCAAGCAAGGGGCGUUUGCUAAAACUAUAGACUUCACUUACUUAAUGAUCACCCAGUUUUAUCUGAGUUAAAUAUUUUCGUUUCUUCUUCAAAUUAAAAGAUUUUGAUUGCAAUCUGAGGCUCUUUUCAGUCAUGUGGUUCAGGGAAGGGCAGUAACUGUUAAUUACUCCCCUGAAAGUGCAACUCAUCGGGGGAUGAAAGUGACAGGUGGCCUCUCCCCUGAUUGUGCGACCCCAGUGGACACAAUUAUUAUAUCUAAAUAUAAAUCAGUGUUGCACCCUUUUCCCCAGGACCGACCGGAGCGACAGAUCUACAUUCCCAGGAAAGCCCUGGAGAGACAGAGGCAAGGUUCACCUCAUACUGGAGAAACACCCAAGGACAAGCCAAAGGAAACAAGCUGAGCUGCAGCUCAAGCUGGCAUAGACUCAAAGACACAAGCGUCAACAAGGCUGGUACUAGUUUGUGGGAACCUAUAUCUCAUUCCACUAAAGAAAGUUAACGUUGAUUCAGUGGGG